GGGACGCGACGCGCGUGCGCGGCCCGGGCAUCCGGGAGGUAGGCGCGGGCCGGUUGGCCGCUGGCUCGCGGAGAGGAUCGGCUGUGGGUCCGCGGCGGGAGUCGGGCGAUAUGUCUGUGUGCAUAUGCAGGGGACUGAAGAAUUAGGCUGCUCUUAUGUGGUAUCUAAUGCUGAAGAAAUGCUGACGAAUUUUGGUUGAAAAACAGUCCUUUCUGGGCGGCAUCUGUGGCUCAGUCGUUUCCUGUCAGUGACUUUUGAUGUCCCAGCAAAUGGCAUUGUCCACUGCAGUGCUGAGAAGAUACACCCAAGGACCCGGCAGCAACACCGCUAAGGCAGACUUGUUUUGUGCUCCUCUGGGUAGGCCCUGAACGGAAGUGAUGCCUCCAGGCAGGUGGUGCGCUGUCCAUCCAGCUCAGGCCCAGUCUUCAAGGGAACGGGUGCGCCUUCAAAUGAUAAAGAAGGAAGAGGAUGAAGGCUACACUUCAGUGCCAGCUGCCAGGCCUCAGACUCUCAACCGUCCUGGCCAGGAGCUGUUCCGCCAGCUCUUCAGGCAGCUUCGCUAUCAUGAGUCGUCUGGGCCCCUAGAAACUCUAAGCCGGCUCCGGGAGCUCUGCCGCUGGUGGCUAAGGCCUGAUGUUCUAUCCAAGGCACAGAUCCUGGAGCUGCUGGUGCUAGAGCAGUUCCUCAGCAUUCUGCCUGGGGACCUUCGCACCUGGGUGCAGCUCCAUCACCCUGAAAGCGGCGAGAAGGCUGUAGCCUUGCUGGAGGAGCUGCAGAGGGACCUUGAUGAGACAUCAUGGAUGGACCCAGGCUCUGCCCAGAGCCCAGAUGUGCACUGGAUGGGUACAGGAGCCCUGCGAUCUGCACAGAUAUGGCCACCUACUUCACCUCUCAGGAGCGGCUCUGCUCUGGGGGACCAUGAGGAGCCUCCCUGUGAAAUAGGAGCACGUGACUUCCUGCCUGGGCAAUCCGAUCCUCCUGCUGCCCAGGUGCCUGCCCCUUCCCAGAGAGAGGGGUACCCAGGGGACCAGGUAAUGGCAACCUGGUCCUUGACAGCCCAGCCCCAGGAGGCUAUGACUUUCAAGGAUGUGGAGGUGACCUUCUCCCAGGAUGAGUGGGGAUGGCUAAACUCGGCUCAGAGGAACCUGUACAGGAAUGUGAUGCUGGACAAUUAUAGGAAUAUGGCUUUUCUGGUGGGGCCAUUCACCAAACCUGCUCUGAUCUCCUGGUUGGAAGCAAGGGAGCCGUGGGGCCUGAAUGUCCAAACAACUCAUCCUAAGGGGAAUCCAGGUGCUGCCCCUACUGGUAAGCUCCAGAUUAAAACAAACAAGUUCUUCCUAAAUCCAGAACCUUUGGAAGAAGCAGAAACCUUAGCUGUGCCAUCUGGAUGUCCUGUACCAAGUGUUUCUGAGGGAACAGGACUUAGAGACUCUUUUGAACCAAAGAGCAGGUUAAAGGAUCACUGCGCAAAUGCCAUACAAGUGAGAGUUAAGAAAGAAGAGACCAACUUCAGUCAUGGGACAGGAAAAGAUUCUGAGGUAUCAGGAAGAAGUAAUGGCCUUGACUUAAAACAUGUCACAUAUUUGAAGGUUUCUGAAAGACAGCGCUCACUUAAGCAUGGCUGUGGCAGACACUUCAGAAUGAGUUCACACCACUUUGACUACAUUAAAUAUGGAAAGGGGCUCAGAUACAUUUUGGGGGGCUUUAAUCUACAUCAAAUAAUUCAUACUGGACUGAAAGGGAAUACAAAGGAUGUGUGUGAAAAAGACUUCAGCCGUAGCUCUCGUCACCAGCGUGGUCAGAGUCUUCUCACAGUGGGGAAAUCAUAUAAGUGCAAUGACUGUGGGAGGAUUUUCAGUCGUAGUUCCUAUCUUGCAUGUCACCGGAGACUUCACACUCAAGAGAAAGUGUAUAAAUGCAGGGUGUGUGGGAAAGCCUUCAGGUGGAGUUCCAACUGUGCACGACAUGAGAAAAUCCACACUGGAGUGAAACCUUAUAAGUGUAGUCUAUGUGAGAAAGCUUUCCGACGUAUGUCAUCUUACCGUGUGCACCAAGAAACCCAUGCUAAGCAGCAGUUUCUUGAAUCAAAUCAGUAUGGGGAAAUGCUCACCUACAGCUUAAGGUUUGAUCAUUUGAGAGACCAGAGUGAGGAGAAGCUCUUUGAUUGUAGCCAAUGUAGGAAAUCCUUCCACUGUAAAUCAUAUGUUCUUGAACAUCAGAGGAUUCACACCCAGGAGAAACCUUAUAAAUGUACCAAAUGUAGGAAAACCUUUAGGUGGCGGUCAAAUUUUACUCGUCAUAUGAGGUUACACCAGGAGGAAAAGUUCCACAAGCAAGAAAAAUGUCAAGAAGACUUAAGGCAGAAUCCUAACUGUAGGCGGCCCCAGGGUACCCCCACGGUGGAGCAAGCAUUUUUGUGUCAGGAGUGUGGCAAAACUUUUACUCGAAAGAAAACUCUCUGUGAUCAUCAGAGAAUUCACACAGGUGAAAAGCCAUACCAAUGUGGUGAAUGUGGAAAAGCAUUUACCUAUAGGUCAGCCUUUAUUGUUCAUAAGAAGAAGCAUGCCAUGAAAAGAAAACCUGAGGGUGAGCCAUCUCGUAUUCAGGACAGAGCGUUCCCAGUUCCUCAGAUCAGUCGCACGAGAGAGGAGCCCUACAAAUGUAGCCAGUGUGACCGAGCUUUCCGUAAUCACUCGUUCCUCCUCCUCCAUCAGAGAAUUCACACUGGAGAGAAGCCGUAUAAGUGCAGGGAGUGUGGGAAAGCCUUCAGGUGGAGUUCCAAUCUCUACCGACACCAGAGGCUUCACUCUUUUCAAAAACAGUAUGUGUGUCAUGAAAGUGAAAAGACUCCAAAUCUGGAGCCGAAAAUCCUCAAUUCUGAGAAACCUUUUUGGUGUCAAGAAUGUGGGAAAUCCUUUACACGUAAAAGAUCUCUUUUAGAUCAUAAAGGAAUACACAGUGGAGAGAAGCGCUAUAAAUGUAAUCUGUGUGGAAAAUCUUAUGAUAGAAAUUAUCGCCUGGUUAAUCAUCAGCGAAUCCACACUAAAGAGAGACCUUUUAAAUGUCAGUGGUGUGGGAAAGACUUCAUUGAGAGACAAACCCUUUCUAAUCAUGAGAGAAAACAUACCAGAGUGGCAAAGUCUGAAGGCAUCCUUCCGGGGUUGUCUUCUUGUCAGGACACAGAGUUGAGUUUACAGGAAAUAAAACCAAGAGAAGAGAAGCCCCUUGAAGAUUGUGAAGAAGUUUGUGACCAGAGCUUCAGGCUCACUGAACUCCAGGACAUACCCACUGAGAAAAAGUGCCACAAAUGUAGCAUUUGUGGAAAAGGUUUUAGCAAGAGUUCACAACUUAUUAGUCACAAGAGAUUUCAUACUCGAGAGAGGCCCUUCAAAUGCACCAAGUGUGGGAAGACCUUCAGGUGGUCUUCAAACUUGGCUCGGCACAUGAAAAAUCAUAUUAGAGAUUAGCUUGGGAACUGACAGUGACAACAGGGGAAAUGAUUUCUAGCUACCCUGCUAGAGAACCCUUAAUUGUAGGCACUGUGGGGAAGACCUUUACAGAGGGUCCAGCCCUUUCUGUUUUGGAAACCAGUGAGAUAAUCCUGAGGAUUUACAAACUCAGGGAGUCCCCAGCUUACCUGCUGGAAAGCUAUUUUGGGGAAAAACAGCAACAUGUUCUUUGGAGCCCUCCCCAAAACUUGGGCCCAUAGGAGUGGCAUUUGCACAAUAGCUUGGAGCUCCCUCAGCCAGGUUUCCUACGACACCUCUGAAGAGAGAGACCAUUGCCCUUUGUGGUUGGACAAAAUGUCUAUGGCAUCUUGGGCCAUGGCUGCUGGAAAGGGGCCAGUUGGAUCCUGAGUUUCUCUUCGAGUUUGGCUUGUGAAAGCACCUAUUCUGUUGACUUUAAAAUAGCAGCAGCGAUGUGCUCCUAGUCUUCCCGUUUGCUCCCCGGGAAGUUCUGGCUGGGCCUUCAGGCUUCAUAGCUGCCUUUUAUAUGGCAGGGGGGUUAGAGUUGUCUCAGUGGCAGGUGGGAACAGAGUGCUGGGCUCGACCACUUGGAAUAUGGAGCUCUACUGGUGGUGCAUUGCCAUGUCCACCCCACAGGUGUGCACAGGCUGCCCAGUCCAUCUGUUCAGUGGAAAUGUGCUAAGCACUUGGUGUGCGUGAGACCUGACAGUGACCAGAACAGACAAAAGUCUUGCCAUCUUGGAUCUUUACAAAUGAUAAACCAGUUUAUAGUUUGCUGGGUGGUGAUGUGUGGUAUGGACAAAGUAGAUCAGAGAAGACUGAAAAGGAGUGCUAGACUGGGAGGCGGGUUGUGAUUUUAAAGAGGGUAGUGAAGGAGGCCCUGUAAGAUGAACUUUGAGCAAAGACCUGCAGGAGGCCAAGGGGUGAGCCGUGUAGAUCUUUAAGGAGAGUUGCAGGCAAAGAAGUGGGGUCUUGCUUGAUGUCCUCUGGGAGUCGACAGGAGGCCCCUGGUAUAGAGUAAGCCAGCUGGAAGAGGAGGAGAGGGCCAGAAAGCUGAUGGGCUGCAUGAGCAUGGUGCGUCAUCACUGGGGCUUGGGCUGAUACAUCAGGAGGUAGAGAAAUUAUGGAUGCUUUCAAGUUUCAAAUAAUGUGGCUUGAAUCUGAACUAAAUUUUACAAGAGUUAACCACAGACUUGAGGACUCAGUAAAAGGGUAUGGCUGAUUUUUAUGCAGUUAUCUCUGCUGCCACUUCCCAUGAAUGAGACUGCCCCACACGCCAUUUCUGAAUUUCUUGUAAGAUCUUCAUCCGUCAGCAGAUUUAAGCAUGUCCCAUGAUUGUGUUUAUACCUGUAGCCUCUGUACACCACAGGCACCCUCUUGCCUUCACGUAGCCUUCUCCAUGUAUGGAGAACCUGCUGCUGGCAUCAGGUUCAGCCCAGAGGUGCCAGUGCAUCUGCCUGCUGCCCUCGGGGGAGAGGGGAGCACCCCUUAGCUGCCCACCCACUUGUUUUGAAGCAAAAAGCAAGAGUCAUCUUGACAAAGUAAAGGAGUAGUAUUUCUCAAGUACAUGUGAGUAAUCAUUGCUUCUGACUAUCAAAGAGCUCAGAUUAUAAAUUUGAGGAUAAAAUGUUUUGCUCAGUGGAGAGCAGCAUCUCAGACUGCAUUUUACUGCAGUGAGUACGGGCCCACUUGUGGAGCAGGCCAUUUGAAUGAGAAGAAACCAACCUGGAAAAUGUCCUUUCAGUAAUAUACACUGUAAUCUUACCUUCUCUGGAUUGCCUGGUGCAGGUGAACAUGAGGUUCUGGUUUUAGGGGUGGGGAUACAUUGGAUGGGCAGGGAGUAGGGCAGGCAUCUCCUGGGGUGUUCUGGUGCCCAUUCAGCUCUGCGUUUGGUUAUCUUGGCUCUGUCAUUCUCUUACCUUCCUACAACUGCCCAUGGCUCAGAGUCAGUUGUCUCUUCACUGGCACAGUUCCCCAAACUGGGACUAAAAGUUACUGGGCAGAAGUCAAGAGUCCUGUGUACGUAGGGCCCAGGGUCAUGGGCCUCUGGAGUUAAAUCUGGGUUCCAGGCUCAGUGUGCCUUGUACUGGUAGGAUGAUCUUGGGCGAGUCAUUGGACCUCCGCAUGGAUUUCCUUGUGUGUGAUUAGAAUGCCUGACUCCUGGGAUUGGGAAAGCGCUUGGUUUCCUAAAGCUCUGGGUUGUGUGGUUGACCUCUAGCCCCAGGCCCUGACAGACUUGCAGCUCCCACGUCACUUGGUACUACAACCAUGGAAAUCCCUUUCUGUCUGCAUUUUCACUCCCUUAUUCCCUGUGCCACCUGGCACCUUGUAAAGUUCCUGCCCCAGUAGGGUUUUUUUUUCCCCUUGACCCAUCUCCUGCCUGAAGUAGCAGUGUUUUUACUGCCAUUUUUAUAGAAUGAGAUAUACUUAUUUUUAAACAUUCCAAUCAAACUUUAGAAUGUAUAAUGAAAAAAUAGAAAUCCUUCUGUACUGAAGUCAUUAAUAUUUGGGGAUUAUAUUGAUGAAUUCAAUAACCUGAGCUUUCAAAUCUUAGUUCAGUAAGUGAUAGGUCAUUAUUACAGAAAUAUUGGUAAGUACAGAUUAUGUAAAAGGAUAUAAAGGUCAAAGUCUGACUACUUAGUGCUAACUACUAAACAUUUUGAUGUAAUCAGUGUUGGAUUUAACUUCAUAUCACCUCCUUGGACACCCUUGACUGUCCUACCUCCCUUCACCUGGAGUGCCACACCUCUGUCCUGCUGCAGGUCCUCUGUCUUCAAGGGCUGACCUUGCCUGACGCUCAUCCCUCGAAGCCCCUCUCCAGUGGCCCCACCUGUCCUCAUGCCUGUAUCUGGCUGUGUUAAGGUGUUGGCUGGGUUUCUAGUUGUGCUCAUCACUGCAGCCAGACCAGGCACACCGGAGACCAGGAUUGGGUGCUUAUUUAUCUGUUUGCCAUGCAGAGGAGGUUUUGUACAAAAUUACCUGUUAAGGAAUCUAGAACUAAAUUUAGUUCAGCUAAGUCAAGGUUGGGGUAUUUUGAAGGAGCAUUUGAGUGAAAUGUUGCCUGGAAGCCACCCUGUAAACACACAGCUUCUGGUUAGUGACCCAGCAGUGGAUGGUUCUGAGCUGUAUGGCUCCAGUUAAUAGUUUCUGAUGGCCCUGACUCCAGUUCUUAGCUUGGCCUAGAGAAUGUGCAGGUUUCUUCUAGCCCUGCCCACCUUCACUCCCUUGCAAGAACUCAAGUUAGGGUUGGAGGGAGCCAGCUGGGCGGGGACAAUCAGAGGGAGGAGUAGGUGUCUGGCACCUGUUAAGUUGGUCAGCCCCACCUGUAGUGACAGACACUGUCCCAGCAGACAGGCAUGUGCAGAGAAGAAGGGAUCAAUACAGACCACAUCAUGCACAAGCUGGCAAAUAUUUGAAAGCCCAAGUUGGGUAAGGAUAUGGAACAAUGGGAAUUCACACUGCUGUGGGAGUGGAAAUUGGCAAAUACUGUGCCCAGCAACUUGAAAAAUCUGUGCUAUUCUACCCAGCGAGUCUACUCAUGGGUGUGUCCUAGAGGAGCUUUAUGUGAACAAGUAAACGAGUUUAAGACGGUUUAUUGCAGUGUUGAUUUGGUAGUGUUGGGAAAAGCAUUUCAUCAACAGAACAGAUUAAAGGGUGGUUUUGGCACUUUGGAAAUUGAAUUUGAGUUAGAGUUACAUUUCAACACAGAUACAUAAAAAACAAUGCUGAGAAUGUUGCAGGAGCUAUAUGUGAUAUAAGGUUUAUGUAAAGCUAAGCAUACCAUAUCUGUAGGCACAUUACUUCAACUUAAUUGUGUUUCACUUUUUCUGUAAAGUGGGGUAGUGGUGCCAAUCUCACAAGGUAUUUGAGGGUGGGGGGCAGUCAAUGGCAUGACGCAUGUAAAGUGCUUAGAAUAGUGUCUGGCAUGUAAACGUUGGCAUAUAUUAGGAAAUGUUAUUGUUUUGCACAAUCUUACUUUCCAUGGGUUCAAAUGAUAUGAAGAGUAUAAGAUCUUAUAUUGGAGUGAUGUGCAUAUGUCCCUGCUCUGCCUUCCCAGGGCAGGAGAUGUUGAUGGGAUCAGGAGGGUACAUGGGGCUUCACUUGUGUUUAUAAAACUUGAUGCAGAUGCAUCAGAGUUUAAGAUUUAACAGAACAGUGUGGUGGGUUCUUUUUUUUAACUGCUUAAAGUAUUUCAAAAUAAAAAUAUUAAGCAUGUUCUCUGACAUCUUAUGAUUUUAUAG